AUGCUGCUGCUGCUGCUCGUGGCCAUCCCGCUGCUGGUGCACGGCUCCAGGGCGGCCGCGCACUACGAGAUGCUGGGCAGCUGCCGCAUGGUCUGCGACCCGUACCCCGAGCCGCCCGCCGCCUCCGCCGCUCCGUUCCUGCCGGGAGCCAAGGGCGAGCCGGGCCGCAAGGGCCGCUCCGGGCUCCGCGGGCCGCCGGGGCCGCCGGGCCCGCGGGGACCCCCGGGAGAACCGGGCCGGCCGGGUCCGCCGGGCCCGCCGGGCCCGGGGCCGGGCGGGUACAUCCCGUCCUUCUACAGCCCCAAAAUCGCUUUUUACGCCGGCUUGAGGAAACCGCACGAGGGUUACGAGGUGCUGCGCUUCGACGACGUGGUGACCAACGUGGGCAACUACUACGAGCCCUCGAGUGGCAAAUUCACCUGCCCGCUGCCCGGCAUUUAUUUCUUCACCUACCACGUCCUGAUGCGCGGCGGGGACGGCACCAGCAUGUGGGCCGACCUGAUGAAGAACGGGCAGGUGCGUGCCAGCGCCAUCGCGCAGGACGCGGACCAGAACUACGACUACGCCAGCAACAGCGCCAUCCUGCACCUGGACGUGGGCGACGAGGUCUGCGUGCGCCUGGACGGCGGCAAAGUGCACGGCGGCAACACCAACAAGUACAGCACCUUCUCCGGCUUCAUCGUCUACCCCGACUGA